UAAAUUGGCAACCAGACAUUAGUCUCACUUCACUCAUCUUCCUUGACCUAAUUGAGCUUCAUCAGCUCAAACUCGAUCGAGCUUACAGCAUGGGGACUACUGUGAAGAAGAUGAUGUGUUUCUUAGUGAUUUGCUCGGCCCUCACUAGUCGGGCCAUGUGUAGAGGCUUUGAAGCUGGUCCUGCUGCUGACAGCAAGGCUUACUACUCCCCUCCUUCCACAACAAGUCCCCAUCGUUCUCAUCGCGGCUCCGGUACUCCGACCACGAACCCGCCGUCCACCGGCGGCGACGCACCGGCCUCCCAUGGCUCGCCGCCAUCGGGAGGCGGCGGAGGGUACUACAGCCCGCCGUCCACCGGCGGAGACGCGCCGCCGUCCGGAGGCGGCGGAGGGUACUACAACCCGCCGUCGUCCACUCCCGUGGUGGUGCCUACGCCAACGACUCCCGUGGUGGUGCCAACGCCAACGACUCCCGUGGUGGUGCCAACGCCAACGACUCCCGUGGUGGUCCCAACGCCAACGACUCCCGUGGUGGUGCCUCCGGGGACUCCGUUCACUCCCGUCGACCCUAAUUGCCCUCCGUUCACUUGCGACUAUUGGAGAUGCCAUCCGAACGCUAUUUGGUCCUUAUUUGGGUUCUGGUGCCCGGUGGCCCAGAUCUUCGGCCUGCCCAACCCGGCGGCUUUCGCGAGCACGAACCCGACCGUGAUGGACGCGCUGGCGAACACGCGGCGCGACGGGAUUGGCGAACUCUACCGCGAGGCCACCGCCGCGUUCCUCAACUCGCUGGUGGACCACCACUUCUACUUCACGGGCGAGCAGGUGCGGGACUCGUUCCGGGCGGCGGUCGUGUCGGACAAAGAGGCCUCGGCCCAGGCCCAGCUCUUCAAGCAGGCCAACGAAGGCCGGCUCAAGCGAGGCUGAUUAGGCCGCCCAUCGACUAUUAUUAGAGUGCGUUAGGUUUGAGCUUUAAUAUGCGUGCAGGGUAGUAAUUAGGUGGUCUUAAUGACGCUGUUAAAGGUUAAUUAGUCCGUGUCUUGUUUUUUUUUGUCAGCUACUUUUAGUGGAACUGCGCGUGAUGUUUAGGUGUUGUUUUAUUGUUAUUUUUUAAGUGUUAAUUGAUGACUGGAUAUAGUAGAACUGUGUGUUAGUGUAA